GGAGAGACAGACAGAACCUCGGCAACCAACACUAUCAAGUCAUCUUCACAAAGUCAGUGGACAGAGGAGAGAUCGGGAAACACACAGUCACCGACAAGACAAGAGGGUUUGACCGUUUAACGAGGGAUCGAUGCCUGCCCCAUCACCUGCUGAGGGAGGAUUUCAUUCAAAGAAGAAGAGCACCUGUACAGAUCGCAAGAAGACGGGGAAAGAGACUGUAGCUGUUUCUCAGGCUUCACAUACAGAUAUUUUCUUUUACCGCUCCGCAGAAAAAACUUCUUCAUGGGUAAAAGAUGAAUCCUCAUCUGCUGGGCGGCUGUAAGCAAUCAAGUUAUUCUUCUGCCAUUGUGGACAUUUCCCUGGCAGAUACGAUGACCCCAAUCUAUGCCUCCUGCUGAAUGUGGAAAGCCUAGGAUGGAAGACCCACCAAGUGCUGCUCCAAGGCACUGGAACAAUACUCAAAACCACCUUAUCCUCAACCAUUUCAGCUCGUCCUCACCACAAAUUUCCCGCUUCAUCGCCAUCUCCAACCAGACAAGGAACACCGCCACCGGGUGACAGAAUUCCAGGAUGUUAAUGAAUUUCCGGCGUAUCCGAAGAUGCCAAUGUGUGCAGUUGAUGACCACCUGCCUGGUGCUCUCGGUGUUGAUGGUUUGUUGGGAGCAGCUGGACAGCAAUGUCGUCAGCCAUGUCAAGUCCUACUCCUACCGCUAUCUGGUCAACCGCUUCACCUACAUCAACAAGAGCCUCACCAUCCCACGGGAGCAGGCCAGGAGCUUCAGCAACUUCCACUACCUGCUGGACCACCCAGACAAGUGCGUUGGAAAGGACGUCCUCCUACUCCUCUUUGUUAAAACGUCCCCAGAGAACAUUGAGAGGCGAAAUGCCAUCAGGUCCACAUGGGGUAAUGAGACCUACAUCCAAACAGCCCUGGGAGUGACAGUCAAGGUGGUAUUCGCCUUAGGAGCACCUCCGACCAAGAAGGGGGAGCCCUCGUGGAGCAAGAGAAGUGGGGUCGGUUUUCAGGAACUGCUUAUUCACGAGGACCGACUCCAUGGUGAUUUGAUCCAACAAGACUUUCUCGACUCCUUCCACAACCUGACUGUGAAACUGAUCAUGCAGUUCCACUGGAUGCACAGCCACUGCUCACAUGCCCACUUUCUCAUGACCGCUGACGACGACAUCUUUGUGCACAUGCCAAACCUGGUAAGCUACCUUCAGGAUGUGAGCAGUAGGGGCGUCACAGACUUCUGGAUUGGGCGAGUGCACCGGGCGUCUCCGCCAAUCCGCAGCAAAGACAGCAAGUACUACGUGUCCUUCGAGAUGUACCAGUGGAUGUCAUACCCAGACUACACAGCCGGGGCUGGGUAUGUGGUCUCCAGAGAUGUAGCAGAUAGAAUCUACCAAGCCACGCUGACCCUGAAUGCCUCUCUUUACAUAGAUGAUGUGUUCAUGGGCAUUUGCGCCAAUGCCAUUGGUGUGUCCCCCCAGGAGCACGUUUACUUCUCAGGUGAGGGCAAAGCGCCGUAUCACUUGUGCAUCUAUAACCAGAUGAUGACCUCACACGGUCAUGUGGAAGAUAUCUUUGACCUGUGGAAGGCAGCGACAGACCCACAGGUGAAAAAGAGGACAUCUGGACUCAUAGGGAGGCUGUACUGCACAGCAGUGAAAGUCUCUCUCCUCUGCAAACCUUACUUUUUCAACACAUACCCUUGCAAAGCAGCCUUUUUGUAGUUCAGGGUCGUGUGUGUCACACCCUCUGUCACAAGGGUGACAAGGGUGUGACAGAGGGUGGGAGUGUGACAAAGCGCAAAAUGAAAGGAGGCUCAUCACUGCAAAUAUUACCUCAGUCCUUUCAGUUGGACACCCAUGUGAAAACGCUGAAGUUUGUGUGCUCUGUGUUUGAACAGGCAGAGACGAUUCAUGUUUGUGUGGUCAUUAACACGUCAGAGAUCUCAAGUCCUGGAGGUGUGAUAACACUGACUGCAUUCACAGCACAAUGUGUUCAAAGCAGGCUCUUAAAAGAAGAUGUUAUCCAAACUCAAACCCACCAUGCUUACAAAUUAGAAUUUUAUUGAUGAACAUAACAAUUGUCUUUCUCAGCCAGUUCAUAAUGACAGAAAUUCUUCCUGUGGAUUCAACUACUGUAAUACAUUAAAGGGUUUCCAAAACUUUUAAUUCUUAAA